CACCAUCCUCACCCAUCAACACCAUCAACACCAUCGUCCCCUUCGCACUUGACGCCCUCCCUACCGACAGCGUCUGCUCGUCCCUGCUGCUGCCCGCUCUGCCUUCUCCACGAGCAUCUCCUCCGCUGCCAUCCUUGCUGCCCAUAGGCUGCCUUCCACCGUUACUCGCUGUCCUUCGCCUCCCUGUUCCUGGAGCUAAAGCUAAAGACAGGUUUUGACCCGCAAGCCACAUCAGUGUCCACAGCUGCUGAGAGGGUUUGGUCCUUCCAGCCAUCCUCUUAACGCUUUUUUUCUAAAAGGCGACACGUUUUGAUUCUUCCGACGACAGCCCUCCUCCCUCUCUCCCCUUCUCUCCCUUCUCUCCCCUUCUUCCAUCACUAACUAUGGCUGGCACACGAAAUUACGAUUUUUUGAUCAAACUGCUACUCAUCGGCGAUUCGGGUGUGGGGAAAUCAUGUUGCCUGCUGCGGUUCAGUGAGGAUUCAUUCACCCCAUCUUUCAUUACGACAAUCGGGAUCGACUUCAAAAUCCGGACGAUAGAACUAGACGGGAAACGUGUAAAGCUACAGAUAUGGGAUACAGCCGGCCAGGAAAGAUUCAGGACGAUCACCACCGCAUAUUACCGGGGUGCCAUGGGGAUACUGCUUGUUUACGAUGUGACCGAUGAGCGGUCUUUCAACAACAUCCGGACAUGGUUCUCGAACGUUGAACAACAUGCAAGCGAAGGCGUACAUAAAAUGCUUAUCGGCAACAAGUGUGAUUGGGAAGAGAAGAGAGCCGUGACAACGGAGCAGGGCCAGAAACUGGCCGACGAACUGGGAAUCCCGUUCCUGGAAGUUUCAGCGAAAAAUAACAUCAAUGUCGAAAAGGCCUUCUACACCCUAGCCUCCGAUAUAAAGAAGGUUAUGGACACGACCAAAUCCGAACAGGCCGGCUCCCAGGGCGUGACUAUAGAUCAUCAAGGCAGUGGGGCAGGCAACCUUGGAGGCAAAUGUUGUUAG